AUGUCCAGUAGCAGGAACUCACAUCAUAGAAAGCUAAAUUUCAACGUCGGAGAGAAUUAUGAAGUGCUGGACGUGGUCGGUGAGGGUGCCUACGGUGUUGUAUGCUCUGCUGUGCAUAAACCGUCGGGUCAAAAAGUUGCCAUAAAGAAGAUAACUCCCUUUGAUCAUUCAAUGUUCUGCUUGCGUACUCUUCGCGAAAUAAAGCUCUUACGCUACUUCAAUCAUGAAAAUAUUAUAGCUAUUUUGGAUGUCGUGAAACCUGAAAGUUUAGAAAAAUUCAGCGAAGUGUACCUUAUACAAGAACUUAUGGAAACUGAUAUGCAUCGUGUUAUUCGCACCCAAGAGUUGAGCGAUGAUCAUUGUCAAUACUUCAUUUAUCAAACCCUUCGUGCUUUAAAAGCUUUGCAUUCCGCAAAUGUUUUGCACCGCGAUCUGAAGCCAAGCAAUUUACUUUUGAAUGCCAAUUGUGAUCUGAAGGUCUGUGAUUUUGGUCUUGCUAGGAGCGCAAAUUCUAGCGAUGAACAUAGCGGUUUUAUGACCGAAUAUGUGGCCACUCGAUGGUAUCGUGCGCCAGAGAUUAUGCUCACCUUCAAGGAAUAUACGAAGGCAAUCGAUGUUUGGUCCGUCGGCUGCAUCCUAGCGGAGAUGUUAAGCGGAAAGCCAUUAUUUCCUGGGAGAGAUUAUCACCACCAGCUUACCCUGAUUCUAGACGUUCUGGGAACACCCACCAUGGAAGAUUUCUAUGGUAUUAAAAGCAGAAGGGCACGCGAGUACAUCAGGACUUUGCCUUUCAAGAGGCGUGUUUCGUUCGCUCAGAUGUUUCCCGAGGCUAACACACUCGCGCUAGAUAUGCUUGAGAAAUUGCUUGCGUUUAAUCCUACAAAACGAAUAACCGUUGAAGAGGCGCUGAAACACCCGUAUUUGGAACCUUAUCAUGAUCCUGAGGACGAACCGGCAGCUGAUCCAAUCCCUGAAUCAUUUUUUGACUUCGACAAGCACAAAGAUCAGUUAUCGAAAGAGCAAUUGAAAGAAUUAAUCUAUGAGGAAAUCAUGCGACCAAUAUAA